AGGCCGGGCUGGGAACAACAGGAGCUGGCGUGUGCAGACACCAGGGUAAAUCUGGGGUGUGUGGCACCCACCUCCAGCGUGGACGUUCUGCCGAGAUCCCCAGCCACGAUGCUCCAGUUCCUUCUCCUCGUGGCGAUUGGCGCCAGCGUCUGCAGAGGUCAAGACCAAGCUGUAGCAGCCUCGUUCUCUGGGCUCUAUGGAGGCACCGGGGGGGACGAAUUCUCCCAAACCAAUUUUGAGAUUGUUGGACCCAUCACUGGAAUGAAGAUCUGGACGGGCAUCCUGACCCUCCACGGGAUCCAGGUUCGCUACGGGAACGCGUGGAGCAGUGUGAACGGGGCGGCCUGGGGCACGCUGGUGCAGAUGGACCUGGAGCCGGGCGAGAGCGUCGUGCAGGUUCAGGGCAGCUACAGUUACUGGGUCGUCACCUCGCUGACCUUCACCACCAGCCUGGGCCGCACCUUCCUGUUCGGGAACCAGAGCGGGGGCACCUUCCUGGCGCUGCCCCCGGCCCCGGGCUCCGUGCUGCGAGCCGUCAGCGGCCGGGCCGGCUCCUACCUCUACGCCAUCGGCUUCCACUGGGGCGCCUCCCCCGCCAAGGGGGCGCCCUGCAGCACCUGAGUCUGGGGAGGAGCCGCCCGGCCGCACCGCCAGGGAGUCAAUAAACUCGUCCCCUGCA